CCAAAUCCCAUCAUCAUCUCUCGUGAUGUCGCAAUGGACUCAACUUAGUGGUGGUUCAAACCUCAUUCUCACAUCCCUUUCUCUGAGUCUGUUCAACGAUAAGACCCUGUCUGACGUUCAGAUCAAGCUGAGAGACGGAAAAAGUCUCUUCGGACACAAGGCUUUCCUUGCUCGACGAUCACCAUGGUUCCUUAGAGCUUUCACUGGAAAAUUCCCAGUUGCCUCGAGCGAUGAGAUCUGCCUCGACGAUGAAGACGACGAUCCGAAUGUGAUUCGUGCUAUGAUCAGCCAUAUCUACGACCUCGCCUAUGAUNCUAUCUUUUUUCCCUUUCAGCUUGUUACAGACUUGACGUUCCACGUCAAUGUGUUUGCUGCUGCCGAUAAAUACGACGUCCCUUCCCUGCGAGCAGUGGUCGUCGAUAGAUUUCCUCGAUUGAUGGAGCAGAGAUGGUCAACCAGCCAAACAGAGUUUUGUACGGUCAUACAGCGCCUUUGUGGACCGAACGCUGCCAACUUCGCGGACAAAUCGUUGCAGGCAUCCGCUGCGUCGUUCUGCUCCAAACAUAUAAUGGAUCUGAUUAAACUUGACCCAUUUGUCAAUAUGCUUGAAGAAGGUGAACCUUUUGCUGGUCGUCUCUUGACUGCUGUUUUGCGAGGCAAACCGAAUUGUGUUAUGGAGACCUCCAUAUGCUCCAGAUGUAAAUCAGCCUCAGAGGAUGACAUUAAGAGGAAUGUCAAGCAGACCUGCCUCAAUUUCACUCUCUUCAAGCAGCACAAGUUCGAAUCCAACCAUGAGCUUGUCAUUUCGCAGCGACUUCUUCUUAUCAGCGACUUCGGUCGUUCGAGCCUGUACACCGACAACACCCUGUCCGACAUCAACCUCAAGUUCAAUGGUCGCCGAGUCUGUGCACACAAGGCUAUUCUUGCACAAAAUUCCGCCUACUUCAAGACAGCUUUCAGUAGUCUCCUCCCGGUUGCGACCAGCGAGGAAGUUGAUCUUGGAGACGACGAUGACCCCGAAGCUGUACACGCGAUGUUGCGCUACAUCUACGACUUGCCUUACGCCCAACAGGCCACGGGUACCACCGGCUCUUCCGAAGAAAACCUGAUCUUCCGUCUAAAUGUCUUCAUCGUCGCCGACAAAUACGACGUCCCUGGUCUCCGACAGAAAGUCAUACCUGACUUCCGUGUUCUUCUUCAGAGUACCUGGAAAUCCGACGCGUUUGUCACUUGCGUAAAAAAGCUCUAUGGUCCUGACGCAAUGUAUCUGGCCGACUCAUCCUUGCAGUCCGCCAUCGCAGACUUCUUCGUUGACAACAUGUCUAAAAUCACUCAUCACAAGAGCCUUGUGACUAUGAUCGAGGGAGACAAGUCGUUCACAGGACAUAUUCUGGCGGGCCUCCUAAAAACAGCUUCCGGUUCUACUCGCUAUCUUGGUAUCUGCCACAAGCCUAACCGCAGCAACAGAACCAUUCCAGACUGCACUUAUGUUAGUGAGGAAAGCAAAAGUUAUCUUUCAGCAGCCCUGAUUCAGUGCUGUGUGCAUUGUGGUACGGCUGCUGGGACCGCCUACAGCAAGUCUGGUGGAGGAACAGCUGAGUGUCAAAUCCGCCACACUGUCAAGGUAGUCCUCAUUCUCCAACGUCUCUGUGCCUUAUUCGAUCCCACCGUUUGCAAGAUGGCACGCGCAGUCAAGCGUGCUCGUUUGUCGAACAUCAGCUCGACCCUCCAAAUUUCUUCGCCUUCCCGCCAUACCUUACGUUCUCAAAACUCUUCACCUUCAAUUCCAAAAGCUACAGAAACUGGCGAAACUGCUCGUGUAUCUACAUCCAGCAUGAUCGCUAGCAACGCCGCCACCGCCGACGGCGAUGAGAGUCUGUUCAACAACGAGACACUCUCUGAUGUCCAAAUCAAGUUCGGAAACCAGCAGCAGCUUCACGGCCACAAGGCUGUUCUUGCACGUAGAUCAAAGUACUUCUACAAGGCUUUCUCUGGACAGUUCCCCGUCGCGACAAGCAAGGAGAUCGAUCUUGGAGAUGACGAGGACCCCAAAGCUAUCCGCGCCAUGAUCGGACACAUCUACGACCUUCCUUACGAUCAGAUGCUUGAAGAGAACGUAAUCGACGACUCCGCCGCCUACAGCACCAACGAGGACCUCCUGUUCCAUAUCGCUGUCUUCACGGCCGCCGAAAAGUAUGAUGUCGCUUCCCUUCGUCCCUUGGUUGUGAAGAAGUUCGAAGAUCUUCUGGAGACCAACUGGGAGAACGAGAACUUUGCAACCAGCAUCCAGAAGCUCACAGGUCCUUCUGCUGGCCACCUCGCCGACAACACUCUUCAGGCUGCCGCUGCUGCAUUCUGCGCCAAGAACCUUACCAAACUCAUCAAGCAAGACAAUUUCGUCAACAUGAUUCAGGAGGAGGAGCCUUUCACUGGUCGCCUCCUCACAGAUUUUCUGACUGGCGGAUCCGUGGGAACAGUCCAGCUGAGGACUUGUUCGCAAGUGUCAUGCCGCAACACGGAGCCCUCUGCAUCUACCCUCCAAGGCUUCCUGUACCAUUGCGUUGUCUGUGGCCAGAACGCCAACAACGGUUACAGUGGCCUUUUGCUGUCGACUACAGGAAAGCAUACAUCAUCUAACACUUCUUCAACACAGCAAAUUCAACCUCACUACCAUGAAUGCAUCCAGAGGAGGAAUCAAGCCAAGCCUAGAUCGCGAUAUGAUUCGAGA